GGGCCGCGAACUGACGGAUCCGGUUUGUCCUGGGCGGGUCUGAAAGUAGGGGAGGUUGGUGGAGGGAAUGUGGGGCGCCCGCUGGGCUGCAGGGCUGCGGCAGCAUGGUGGGCCCCGAGAAGGAGCAGAGCUGGAUCCCCAGGAUCUUCAGGAAGAAGACCUGCACGACGUUCAUAGUUGACCCCACAGACCCAGGAGGCACCUUGUGCCAGUGCGGGCGCCCUCGGCCCACCCACGGGUCAGUGGCUGUGGAGGAUGCCUUCGGGGCGGCCGUGGUGACAGUGUGGGACAGCGACGCACACACCACAGAGAAGCCCACUGACGCCUACGGGGACCUGGACUUCCUGGGCGCCGGCCGCAAGCCCAGCAAUUUCCUUCGGCUCUCUGACCGCACGGAUCCAGCUACAGUUUAUAAUCUGGUCACACGCACAUGGGGCUUCCAUGCCCCAAACCUGGUGGUGUCUGUGCUAGGGGGGUCGAGGGGCCUUGUCCUCCAGACCUGGCUGCAGGACCUGCUGCGACGAGGGCUGGUGCGGGCUGCCCAGAGCACAGGGGCCUGGAUUGUCACUGGGGGGCUGCACACAGGCAUUGGCCGGCAUGUUGGCGUGGCUGUGCGGGACCACCAGACGGCCAGCACCGGAGGCGCCAAAGUGGUGGCCAUGGGCGUGGCCCCCUGGGGUGUGGUCCAGAACAGAGACACCCUCAUCAACCCCAAGGGCUCAUUCCCUGCAAGGUACCUGUGGCGUGGGGACCCCAAGGACGGGGUGCAGUUUCCCCUGGACUACAACUACUCGGCCUUCUUCCUGGUGGAUGACGGCACCCACGGCCGGCUGGGCGGCGAGAACCGCUUCCGCGCGAAGUUCGAGUCCUACGUGGCGCAGCAGAAGACGGGCUUGGGGGGGACUGGAAUCGACAUCCCCGUCCUCCUCCUCCUGAUCGGUGGUGAUGAGAAGAUGUUGAAGGUACAGGGUCUGGAUGCCCGGGCCUAACGGGCAGGGCUGGGGGCCCGGACUCCGGGGCAGUGAGCGCCCUGCCCCUCCCUGUCCUGACGCCCCUCGCCUGUAGCUGGACAGGGCCCAGGGCGACUGGGCUGAGGAGGCAGAGUGUGGUGUCUGCAGGUGGAGAGGGUUAUGACCCAGAAGGAGCUGCUGACGGUCUACUCAUCCGAGGAUGGCGCGGAGGAAUUUGAGACUAUCGUUUUGAAGGCUCUUGUGAAGGCCUGCGGGAGCUCUGAGGCCUCGGCCUACCUGGACGAGCUGCGUUUGGCCGUGGCCUGGAACCGCGUGGACAUUGCCCAGAGUGAACUCUUCCGGGGUGACAUCCAGUGGCGGUCCUUCCACCUGGAGGCCUCGCUCAUGGACGCGCUGCUGAAUGACCGCCCCGAGUUCGUGCGCCUGCUCAUCUCCCACGGCCUGAGCGUGGGCCACUUCCUGACCACGGCGCGCGUGGCCCAGCUCUACGGCGUGGCGCCCCCGCUCAUCCAGAGCCUCCUGUACCAGGCGUCCCACGCGGCGGGCACCAAGGCGCAGGCCCUGAAACGGCGUGUCCUAAGGUUCCGGCCCCGUGACGUGGAGCAGAUGCUGAAGAUGCUGCUGGGGGAGACUUGUGCGCCCAGAUACCUGACUGGGGGCGCCGGGGACCCCAGUCUAGGCGAGGCUAAGGAGAGGGACUCUCUGCUCUCGGAGAAGGCCGCCUGGGAAGGGUCGCAGGACAUUCACCAUGGGCAGCCCCCCUGGAGUGAACUGUUCCUUUGGGCGCUGCUGUUGAACAGAGGCCAGAUGGCCAUGUACUUCUGGGAGAUGGGCUCCAGCGCCGUGUCCUCCGCCCUGGGGGCCUGUUUGCUGCUGCGGGUCCUGGCGCGCCUGGAGUCCGAGGCCGAGGAGGCAGCGAAGAGGAAAGACCUGGCCGCCAAGUUCGAGGGGAUGGCCGUCGACCUCUUUAGCCAGUGCUACCGCAGCAGCGAGGAGCGGUCGUCCCGCCUGCUGCUCCGCCGCUGCGCGCUCUGGGGCGACGCCACGUGCCUCCAGCUUGCGCUGCAGGCUGAUGCCCGGGCCUUCUUUGCCCAGGACGGGGUGCAGUCUCUGCUGACACAGAAGUGGUGGGGGGAGAUGGACAGCAGCACACCCGUCUGGGCCCUGGUUCUCGCCUUCUUCUGUCCCCCCCUCAUCUGCACCAACCUCAUCACCUUCAGGAAGCCAGGGGAAGAGGCCGCGAGGAGGGUUGUGGAGUUCGACGAGGACUGCAGCGUGAAUGGGGAGCAGCCUAUCGGGCUGGUGGAGAUCCCCGAGGAUACGUUGCCGGUGGUCACGCGCCACCACAAGGACAGCUGCAGAAUGUGCCAGAAGCGCCAGUGCCUGGGCCAGUGGUCCCACUUCUGGGGCGCGCCGGUGACGGCCUUCAUGGGCAACGUGGUGAGCUACCUGCUGUUCCUGCUGCUGUUCUCACACGUGCUGCUGGUCGACCUGCGGCCCGGCCGGCCCGGCGCCACGGAGCUGCUGCUGUACUUCUGGGCCUUCACGCUGCUGUGCGAGGAGUUCCGCCAGAGCCUGAGCGGCGGCUGGGGGGGCCCGGGCACACGGGGCCACACACCGCUGCGCCAGCGGCUGCAGCUCUACCUCAACGACACCUGGAACCAGUGCGACCUGGUGGCCCUCGCCUUCUUCCUGCUGGGCGUAGGCUGCCGGCUGAACCCGGGCCUGUACGACCUUGGCCACACCGUCCUCUGCCUGGACUUCAUGGUCUUCACACUGCGGCUGCUGCAUAUCUUCACGGUCAACAAACAGCUGGGGCCCAAGAUCGUCAUCGUGAACAAGAUGGUGAGGCUCAUGGGGGCAGGAGACUUUCUCUGCAUCUCUGAGGGUCAUUUGCAGGGUGCUCACGUCUGUGUAUCUCGGGAGCCCUCUCCCAGGCUCUGCGCACCCCCCCUGGUCUGGGUCUGCCUUGGGCUCUGCCCCGGGGAUCUCUGAGUGCCUCCCUCCGCAGUGGCCCUCAUGACGGAUCGCAACUGCUCGUCGGAGGACGGCUUCUGGGCGCGCCCCGCGGGGGCCCAGGCUGGCACCUGCGUCUCCCGAUACGCCAACUGGCUGGUGGUGGUGCUGCUCCUCAUCGUCUUCCUGCUGGUGGCCAACAUCCUGCUGGUCAAUCUGCUCAUCGCCAUGUUCAGCCACACGUUUGGCAAAGUACAGGGCAACAGCGACCUCUACUGGAAGACACAACGCUACAGCCUCAUCCGGGAAUUCCACUCGCGGCCCGCACUGGCCCCGCCCCUCAUCGUCUUCUCCCACUUACGCCUUCUCCUGAGGCGGCUGUGCGGGCUCCCUAGGGACAGUGUGCCCACCUCCAUGGCCUUCGAAUACUUCCGGGUCUGUCUCUCCAAGGAAGCCGAUGGGAUGCUGUUGACGUGGGAGUCGGUACACAAGGAGAAUUUCCUGCUGGCGAGCGCACGGGACAAGCGGGAAAGCGACUCCGAACGUCUGAAGCGCACGUCGCAGAAGGUGGACACGGCCUUGAAGCAGUUGGGGCACAUUCGCCAGUUCGAACAGCGUCUGAGAGGGCUGGAGCGGGAGGUGCAGCACUGUAGCCGCGUCCUGGGCUGGGUGGCCGAGGCCCUGAGCCGCUCUGCGUCGCUGCCCCCAGGUGGACCGCCGCCCCCAGUCCCUUCGGGGCCCAGAGACUGAGCCCUGCUGGUGAGCUUGGAGGAGUAAGUAGCCCCCAAAGGGGGCCUUCGCUCCUAGAGAAAGGCCCAGCCAGGCCUUGACCCUGCCCCCGAUGGCCUUGUCCUGGCGUUGGGCCCUGGGCCCAUGGACUGCCUGCAGGUUGCUAUGGGGCGCGUCCUGCCUAGCAGCCACAGCAGGCCCCGCACCUCCCAGAGCCAGCCCCACCGGCGGACCAGCAAGCUCUGGAGCCCUGAAGGCCGGGGGCUGGGGCGUCCUUGGGGUUACCAGGACCACAGGCCCCGCGCACAGCUUCCUCACACUGGGGAAUAAAGCCAUUUGAU